AGAGAGAGAGAGAUGGAGAUGGUUAUGGUGAAAACCGAAGAAAAUAGCGGGAAGCGCAAUCUUGGGGCGUCGGAAGGGGAGGAGCCCAAGUGCAUUAAGAGAAGGAGAAGAGAUCCCGGUGCAGUAAUUGCGACCACCGACGGUGCUACCGAACCAUCUUCCACCGUCGCUACAACCACGGUUAAGAGGAGCUCUAGAUUCAGAGGCGUUAGCAGGCAUAGAUGGACGGGUCGCUUCGAAGCUCACUUGUGGGAUAAGGGUUCUUGGAAUGUAACACAGAAGAAGAAAGGAAAACAAGUUUAUCUUGGAGCUUACGAUGCCGAAGAAUCCGCUGCAAGGGCCUAUGAUUUGGCUGCACUAAAAUACUGGGGGCCCACGACAUUCACAAAUUUCCUGGUGUCUGAUUAUGAGAAAGAAAUCCAAAUAAUGCAGAAUGUAACGAAAGAAGAGUACUUAGCCUCUUUAAGAAGGAAGAGCAGUGGUUUCUCUAGAGGCGUAUCCAAGUACCGUGGCGUCGCAAGGCACCAUCACAAUGGCCGAUGGGAAGCAAGGAUUGGGAGGAUUUUUGGGAACAAGUACCUCUACCUUGGGACCUACAGCACCCAAGAGGAGGCAGCCGCAGCAUACGACAUUGCUGCCAUCGAAUAUAGAGGGAUCAAUGCCGUGACCAACUUCGACUUGAGCACAUACAUCAGAUGGCUGAGACCAGGGGCCAAUUCACUGAUCAAGCCCCAUGAACAGUGGUCCAAUGUAGAAACCCGAUUAACGCCAUCGUCCUCCAACAUCCGCCCAAGUGAGGAACCGCAGCCUUCACUGCAAUGCAAUGUCUUCCCCAGCAAUGAAGUAGGCUCUCCCCGAAUGCAAGAAUACAGCACUACUCAGCUACUCCCAAGUGGGCCCCACAGCAAACACCCCACUUCACCGACGGCUCUCGGCCUCCUUCUGCGGUCAUCAAUAUUUAGAGAGUUGGUGGAGAAAAACCCAAAUGCAGCUGAUAAUGAAAUCGAGGUGGGUGAGACAAUGCAGCGACAACAGUUGGGAAACAGUGGUGAAUUUACUGGGAAUUUCUACAAUGGAAUACCUGGUGUCCCUUAUGUGUGUUCUUCAAAUGCCGAUACCAUUCCUGGAAUUGAAUUGGGUGAGGAAAGCCGCACUGCUUCCUACUUUGACCGCCCAGAGCAGUCGCUUUGGACCAGUGUUCUAAGUAUGUCUUCCAUCAAUUAGCUAACAUUAGAGUAGAUGUUUGGAACAGUGUUCUAAGCAAGUCUUCCAUCCAUUAGCUAACAUCAGAGGAGAUGUAUAGUUGUUUCUUUGUUUCUACAAAAAUAAAAUCAAUUUCUUUCUUAUGUUAUGGGCCAGCAAUAGGGGUAAGUUUGGGUCAGCUCGCAAGAGACGUCUGGCACUACGGAAUUGGUGUGAAUUGGAAUCCAAAUCACAAUUAC